UUUAGCAUUUUCACAUGGCCAUUUCACGUUCCGCGCUUUGCGUCGAUUUUAUGUGAUUUCCGCGUGCAUGAAAAUGUGGCAUUACAUUAAUCGCCUUUCCACCAUCAAAAUGUCACUGGGGGAACGAGAAAAGUCAUCGAUAGAUUGUGAAGAGGAAUGAAGAGUACUAUGCAAUAUCCUUGAUAUGGCAGGCACGUUGGAAGGUAUCACCUGUGGAGGUUUUACAUUUUUUAACAAUUUUGACUCAUCUAAUUUAGCUAAAGUCGAACAAGUCGAUAAAGCUCCCCACAAUGAUUCAAACGAAGGUAACAGUAAUAACUUGUGCUCCGAUGACUCUCCUGAGUACGAGUUUAAUUUAUGGACAAAGCGUGACUGCCAUGGAACCGAAUAUCAAAAUAACAAUAGAACUUGGUUUUAUUUUGGUGUAAGAGCAGUCGCUCAAGGUGUUCAAGUCAAAUUAAAUAUUGUUAAUUUGAAUAAUCAAGUAAGAAUGUUUAGCCAAGGCAUGUGCCCUGUGUUCAAAACCGUACCAGGACACCCACACUGGGAACGGAUUCGGGAGAAACCAACAUAUACUUUGGAUCAAAAAGGGAAUGAAUUUAUUUUAUCAUUCGUACAUCAUGCUUCAGAGAACCCGAAAGCUAUUACGUAUUUUGCUUUUACAUAUCCCUUUACUUAUACAGACCUCCAAAAUUAUUUGAAGAGAAUCGAUGCCAGAAUGGCAAAAAGAAAUAUUACUACUGCAGAUGAUAUUUAUUAUCACAGGGAAUGUGCAAUUAAAUCGUUGGAAGGUCGAACGCUGGACUUGCUGACAAUAAGUUCACAUCACAACAUAUCAACGGAGAGAGAAGCUAGGCUGACCAUGAUGUUCCCUGAAAAAGAUGAAGUGCGGCCCUUUAAAUUUAGAAACAAAAAGGUGAUAUUCAUAAGUGCUCGGGUUCAUCCAGGCGAGACACCCUCUAGUUUUGUCUUCAAUGGUUUUCUCAAUUAUUUGUUAAAUCGAGAAGAUCAAAUUGCGAUUAUUUUACGUCGCUUGUAUGUGUUCAAAAUGAUUCCAAUGCUCAAUCCUGAUGGAGUAGUACGUGGUCAUUACCGAAUGGAUACCAGAGGUGUUAACCUAAACAGAGUAUACCUUAAUCCAUCCAUAAAGGAUCAUCCCACAAUAUAUGCUGCAAGGAAUUUAAUAAGAUAUUACCAUAACUUUUAUCGAUUACCAGAAGAGGAAGAAAAAGAGAGAGAAGUAAAAUCCACGGAUAGUCCGACAACAGAUAUAAACUUAUCUGUAAAUAAGGACAAAGAAAGUUCCAUACCUCUAAACACCUCUGAACCACCGAUUAAGGGAGACACCGCUAACGAGUUACUGCAACAGGUAACCCUGAUGACAUUAAACGAGGAAGGUAAAAGAGGGUCAGAGUCUGACAUUGAGUAUGAAUGUUUGAAAGAAACAUUGGAAAAUACGACUCAUCGAAAAAUUGAGGGACGGACAGAAAUGAACGAAAACAUGGCAUUAAGGAGUGAUUGCGAAGAAAAAAUACACGGUGCCAUUGAGACGGAACACUUCCCAGCUGAUAGCGAACCCUCGGGAUUAUUUUUGUACAUCGACCUCCAUGGCCAUGCCUCGAAAAAGGGUGUGUUCAUGUAUGGAAAUUAUUUCAACGACCCAGAGGACACGAUAACGUGCAUGCUCUUGCCAAAGUUGAUGUCCAUUAACAAUCCCAAUUUUCACUUUACUUCUUGCAACUUUACGGAAAGAAACAUGUACUUAACGGACAAGAAAGAUGGAAUGUCCCGCGAAGGAUCUGGUCGAGUCGCAGUUUACAAAAUGACUGGGCUCGUACGUAGCUACACGCUCGAAUGUAAUUAUAAUUCUGGCCGAUUAGUAAACUGCAUUCCUGCCAGAAUCCGCGAUGGUGUUAACAAGACUCACGCUCAUAUAUUUGUUCCACCCAAAUACACGCCCACUGUAUUCGAAGAGGUCGGAGCCGCGUUAGGUCCGUCGAUUCUCGACCUCACGAACAGUAAUCCGAACAGUCGCCUGCCAAACAGCCAACACCGUUCAUUGAGAGGCGUAAGGUCGUACCUGAAAUUAACCUACGCGAGCAAUUUUACAGCAUCUUUCAGUCGGCCUCUUCACAAGAACAAGAGCGGGGCUUCAGCGCAAGAUUCUUUCCUUGUCAAGUCAACGGAAUCGAGUCCUUCGUGUAUCCCGGAAGACAGCUCGAGCAGUGAAACGGACGUCCCGAAGAAGCCGUGCACCGUUCGUCGUACCGCGUCGCUCUAUGCGGUCACAAAAAAGCUAAAAGCUAGUAAAAAACCCAAGCAAUUGAUAAUCCGUAAGACGUUGAAAAAUCAGGAUACGAAUCGGAGUGAGAAUGCUCCUCCACCCUCGACGAGUAAAUCGAUCCCGGUGAAAGCAAAGAAGAAACUUUUUAAAGCCGUUGAACCCCACGUGCCAUUCGACUCUAAUCCGGAGCAUGUCAGACCUUCCUUCGUACCUCGACCAAAAAAGUGUAAGCCUCCGAUGAAAAAGGACAUGGCUGGUGAAAGUCUCCAACAACCUAUUAUCGUGGAAGAGACGACUGCCAUCAGACAAGGCUCCAAAAGACUGAAAGUUAUUUCUCCAAAACUUGCAAGACCCCGAGGCGAAGCCUCGAUUUCGGAGACCUCGAGCACAAAGACCGAGGAGAAAUUGAUUUUGAAAGCAAAGCCUGCAAAGAAGCUUGUCGCAAGAAAGAGAACGGUUGAGAAAUCAACCUCAAAAAUUCCUACGAGGGUUGUUUUUUCAUACAAGCAGAAUAGUAAAGGGACUCACGGUAGGUCCAGGAAGCAGGCAUUAAAAAUUGAUCAGACCAAGUCAAAGAGGCCAACAAAAAUUAAGCCGAAGAAGAAAAAGAGUAUACGAGUUCUCAACAAUGUGACCAGUGGAGAAAUUACUGGAUGAGUAAUCGAGGUGCAACUAAGUUCUGCGACGGUUAAGUGACUAUUGACGAUUAGAAAAGUGUAUUCAAUUGCGCAAACUAUACUUAACUGUAGGAGUCCUAGUUGGCUUAUUCAUAGAUGAAAUUACUGUUUAACGAUUCACGAAAUAUUUACUGGUUCGAUCGUUGGUACCUGAAAGUAAAGAUGCAAUGUAACAGUGAAGUAAAAUUAUUGAGGAGAACACCUAAUGUAGGGGCAAACUUGUAUCACCUAUAAUGCGUACACAUAGAAAUAGAAAAUAAAAUUUUUUCUUAAAAACAUUGGGUGAAUAAAACAUCUGAAAAUACCCCGACUCUCAAACGUAAAGAAUCAAAUACGAGUUCGAUUAACUACUUAUCCCAAGUACUCG